AUGCCUUUUAAUGCGCCCGCUCCUGCCCACUCCCGCUCUGGCGUAACACCAAUCAAGCUACUAGAGCGCCGUUCAAUUGACCGAGGGAAGAUGCAAAUGACAAGGGAGGAGUUCAAGAAAUGGCUUGAGAGCAUGGACGGAGAUGGAGAUGGACAAGUUAGCAAGAGCGAGCUUCGCGCUGCGUUGAAAGGGCUCGGCAUGCACUUUACCAGAUGGAAAACUUGGAGGGCGAUGUCCCGCGCUGACCUGAACCAUAAUAAGAAGGUUGAUAGUGAGCAGGAGAUUGACGAGCUCAUCAAAUAUGCGGCUAUACAUUGGGGAAUUCUUGUUGUUUAG